GGCAGAGUGAUCGUGUCCGGCCUGAGGCAGGACAGUCUGAUCGGACCGAGGAGGAAGACUCACCGAUCACACUGCACCCCAACUGCGGACAAGUUUCUGAUCGAUUGAGACGACGAUCCGCUCAGAGUGGAUUAUAUGUGAAUACAGCCAAAGCAGGAUGGAUUCUCACAGACUGAGUGGUUCUCCAGAUGUAAGGAUACAGAAGGGCUACAUGGUGCAACAGAGUUCCAAAGGCAGUCAGGACAACCUGUUUGGAGUAAGGGUGCUGGUUCAGGGCAUCAAAGGUCAACCUUAUGUGGUUCUGAACAGUUCUGGUGAGGAGAGCCACAAGGACAUUUCUGUCAUAACUCACCAGGCAGGGUACAACCCAGGCAUAGUUAGGAGGUGUGUGGAGUCUCCAUCGGAGACACAGAAGACUGGGAACUCCUCUUUGUUUCAUUAUCAGAAACACCCAGAGAUCCUGAGACCUUAUGACCCUGAAAUUAAUAACAUAAGCCUCAGCACUCCUACUCAAGCUGCCUUAGCUUCUAGGCCUGGGCAGCUACACACUUGCCUUCAAUCUGAGAGAACCCUUACCACCCAUAAAGCCAAACCAAGGAUCCCUCUGCCUGCUGACAGCCUAGAAGAAGAUCCAGCUGAGAUGAAUCAAAACAAGAUACCUCCUUCAGGUGGACAUAUUCCUGCACAGCUCCCAAACUCAGUUGAAACAGACUCCAUCGUGUCUGUAGGGAAGCUGAUAAGCCAGUUCAACAGCAGCUUGCAGAGGGGAAGGGGCCCAAGGAAAAGACUGGACCCGGUAGCAUGUCGGCGGUCACGCAGUGUGGAUAGCACUCAAACCUCAGACUCUUCCUCCUUGUCAUCAUCAUCUAGUAGAGCCUCAUCUCUGGUGGGGAAUGGGUCCCAAUCCUCCAGUGGGAAAUAUCCUCCUGGUUCAGCCAGGGCUCGACUCCUCAGUGGAGAACUCACUUUGACAAGUAAUGGGGAGGAGAGGCAGCCAAGCGCAUUGACUGAAGAACAAUAUGGGAAAAAAAUAGUAUCCCAACAGGCUGCAAAACCGUCUCAGAGAAGAGAAAAAACUUCUGUUUCAAAGCCAUGUGCUGAUCAAUCUGCUGAAUCUGAAGAGAGGGAAAAACAGGUCACUCCUGAUCUGCUAAGAGGACGGCAAAAGCUCUUGGCAAAUCCAACUGAAGACACAACAAAGCAAAUAUUGUUCACUUUCCUGAAGGAUGGGACAACUGAUGAUGACUCUACUACACAAAGAAAAGUCAGUUUGCUGAUUACAAGGAUCAACAAGCUCAAAUGGAGGACUGCAGAGAGUGUGGAGGAGGAGGAGAAAGUAUAUGCAACAGAGACAAAGCUUCUGCAAGAGAAACAAGUAGCUCUGGAAAAAGAAGUGUCCCACUUAAAGCAAAAGCUGGAAAUUGAGAUAAAGAAUGAAAUGACUUUAGCCAAAGCCUUUGAAAAGGCGAGGACUGAAAAGAAGAAACUUCUGGAGGAAUUGACCAAAAGUCAGACAGAGAUCAACAAACUCAGGGACAAGCUGACUGAAAUUGAGGCAGAACUUCUGUCUACCAAAGAGGAGUUGACUCAGAUGAAGACUGAGAAAGAAAGAUUUAAGGCAGAGAUGAAAGACCUUCAGCAGCAACUGUCUGAGAUGCAUGAUGAGUUGGACCAAUCUAAGAAGGGAGAGGUGAUAAAUGCAGAGAAAGAAGUCCUUCUUCGGGACUUGGCACAGCUGCGUAUGGACUUUCAGGAGAUGCUACAGGUGAAAGAGGAGCAAGAGGAGGUGUUGCACCACACAGAGAGGGAGCUCAGUGCCCUGAAGGGGGCACUUAAAGAGGAGGUGGAGACCCAUGAUAAAUACAUGGCUGCCUUAAAGGAAGAAUAUGAACAGGAGCUUGAGAAACUGCUAAGAGAUUUAGAGCUUGCUAAAGAGAGCAGUGCUCUGUUGGGUCAGGAGAGGAUUGAGGCAGAAGAGGAGAGAGGCGCUGCAAAGAUCCAACUAAAGGAGCUAAACCAGGAGAGAGAUCAGCUGAGAGGAAGGGUGCGAGAGCUCAGCAACAAGGUGGAUCAACUGACUCAGGUGAUCCAGGAAUCUAAAACCACAGAGAGACUGAUGGAGCAGAAAGUGAAGCAGCUGGAGAGGGAAAAGCAGCAGGUGGAGGAGAUGUUGAAGGAUGUGAGGAGGAAGGAGGAGGAGAUUUCUCAUUCUAACCAGUCUUUGCUUUCUCGCUUGGAGGAUGUACAGAGUAAACUUUCAAAACUAAACCAUGAGCACAGAGAACUAAAAGAGAAGCUCAAGGAAGAGAGGAAACAAACUGAGGAACUGUGGAAAACAAAAACUGAACUAGAGGAUGAGAGGAGGCUGCAGGACAGGGCUAUGGAGCAACUGCAGAGGAAGAUGAAUAACAUUUUGGAGGAGUGUGAAGCGUCUACAGAUGUUCUUCAGAACCAGGUCGAUGAGGCCAAAGAGAGGAGUCAGAGGGAGUUGGCUGAGCUGCGGAGACAGCUGCAGGAAAAGGGAGCAGAGCUGGAGAAAUCCAGACAGACAGCCAUAAAAUUGCAGGAAGAGCUGCUUCCACUGGAGGAGGAUCUGCAGCGGUGUCUCAGGGAGCAGCAGGAAGCCCAGAUGAGGGGGCAGCAGCUGGAGCAGAGGGUGGAGGAGCUGGAAGAGAGGAAUGUAGCUGUGAUGGAGGAGCGUGAGCGGCAGGUCAAACUCUUGGAGGGACGUAUCGGUCAGCUAGAAGAAGAUCUCAGUGAUGAGCGCAGCAGUGCGGACCGCCUGAUGGAGCGUCUAGACAAAACCAAAGAACAGGUGGACCAGAUGAGGAAUGAACUGUUGGAGGAGCGAGCAGUCAGGCAGGACCUGGAGUGUGACAAGAUGAGCCUGGAGAGACAGAAUAAAGAUCUGAAGAGCAGAGUAACUCAUCUGGAAGGAUCACAGAAGACCAACCAGGAUUCAGUCGUCUCCAGACUGAACAGCCGCAUCCAUGAGCUGGAGGAGAGGCUGCAAGGAGAAGAGAGGGAUAACAACAAUCUGCAACAAGUAAAUCGCAAGCUGGAGCGCAAAGUGAAGGAGAUGAAGAUGCAGGCAGAUGAGGAACGCAUCAACCUGCAGAGCCAGACAGACCAGUUGACUCAGAGGCUGAAGACAGCAAAAAGGCAAAUGGAUGAGGCGGAGGAGGAGAUUGAGCGUCUGGAGCAUGCGAAAAAGAAACUGCAGAGAGAAGUGGAUGAGCAGAUGGAGGCCAAUGAGCAGCUUCAUGGACAACUAAGUGCUCUGCGGAAUGAGAUGAGGCGUAGGAAGAAAUCCCCUGCUGUUGUUAAGGUUGCGGAGGACAACGUGGAUGACAUGGAUGACUUUGGAUCUGACUGAGUGACGGACUGUGAUUAAAUAACAUGAAUUAAACAAACAAAAAUGGAUUUAAUAAAGCAAUGUUGGGCCUACUGUGAAGAUAUUAAACAUGAUUAAGUUAACUCAGGUGUGACUUUUGGACUAAAUGUGGCAUUUAGCCAAAGCUGACCUCUUGUGGCCAUAUUUAUAACUACAGCUGCAGCAGAUUUAUACUAUUUACUCAUAUUGUGUUUUUGUUUUAUAAAUUAUUUAGCAACUGUGUGAAAUAAGUUGGUAUAAACAUAUAAUAUUAAAUAAAAUGUAUUAAAAUGCUUUUUUUUAACCUU